UUUGACGUGAUUGUAGGUCUUGUGUCAACAAAUUCGGAGGAAUUGUGUGUGAGUGCGGUGGCAAAUAAGUGACAGGCUGUAAGAGGAGCAGCACCACUUGAGCCGUAACAAGAGCACAACACCUUCAGCCCCGUCAGCGCCAUCCUCUCCCCCUGCAGCACCGGUACCGAUGGCCGUCACAACGACGACGGUCCCGCCGGGAGCGCGCAGUACCUCGCCAUGUUCCGCGACGUCCGGAGGUCCACCAACGUCCGGCAGUGGUAGUGGGCGAUGCUGCGAUACUGGCCGGCCAAUCUUCACCGAUCCCAUCUCGGGUCAAACGGUGUGCUCGUGUCAGUACGAUCUGAUUAACUACCAGCGGCUAGCGAGCGCCGGAAUCGCCACCGGACCCGGUGGUGUCCCGCUGUCGAUGUACAGUGCGCCGUACAGUCCCGAAACGAUGGCUGCGUACUUUCCUGCGAUAGGAGCCGACCAGGCGCCGUUUUACGCAAAUCCUGCCGCUGCCGGAAUCGACCUGAAGGAAAACUUAGCAGCAGGUGGUGCACCAUGGCCUUACCCUUCCGUCUACCACCCGUACGAUGCAGCCUUCGGUUACCCCUUCAACUCCUACGGAAUGGAUCUGAACGGAGCGCGACGGAAAAACGCCACCCGCGAGACCACGAGCACGCUAAAAGCGUGGCUGAACGAGCAAAAGAAUCCGUACCCCACCAAAGGCGAAAAGAUUAUGCUGGCGAUAAUCACUAAAAUGACUCUCACGCAAGUGUCCACGUGGUUCGCGAACGCACGCCGGCGGCUCAAGAAGGAAAACAAAAUGACCUGGGAGCCACGCAACCGGGUGGAGGACGACGAUGUCAACCUCGAUGAUGACGACGACGAUAACAAGAGCUUGAAGGACGACAAGGAGAUUCUAGAUUCCAAAGAUUCCGGCACGGGUUCGAGUGAAGACGGCGACCGGCCAUCCCGGUUGGAUAUGUUGGACCGACCGGGUCACAGUGACUGGAAUGGAUCCCGGAAUGGAAGCGGACCCAACUCCCCCGACAUCUACGACAGGCCGAUGCCAGGGCACCCUCUGCUGCACCCUUCGCAUUUCCCGGUUCAUUUACGAUCCACGAUAGGAGCACACCCGGACGUGAGUCAUACCCCUAGCGGAAGUACAAAUCCCAGCAAGCCACGAAUAUGGUCACUGGCGGAUAUGGCCAGCAAAGAGAACAAAGAUUCCGACUCUUCACACUCGACGGGAUACCCGUCACCUGGUAAGAUCAUCGCCCCGCUUGCCGGCCGAGGUCUUAAUCCGUUGCACCACCACCCCUACAUGAGGCCCGAGUUCUACCGCAACCUGUAUGGGCCCCAUCUUACGCCUGGAUCUCCGGAAGUGUCCUUGCUGGAAUCCUACCAGCGGACGUUCGGAGCAACCCUAGCUCAUAAUGGCAUCCCCGUUGGUAUCAACCCACUGAUAUCGAAAGCAUCCGGGAGUGGACCCCCGUUCGCACCGCUGAGCCUAACCACCUCCGGUAAUCCCCACGUGGCGCCACAACCCGGCGCAUCUCCUGCCUCAAGUACAUCCUCGGGUCCCGAAAACCUCACUCCAUCCUCACCCGCUGCCGAAAAGCUAAUAUCCGUGGCAAACAGCUCCAAACCAUGACAAUUGGAAAUAAAGUAAGUCAUUUUGUAACUAUUGCAAAAUUUAGACUGUAGAUUUUAUAGGUUUUUAAUAUUGAUGAAUAACAAGAAAAUGAAAAACAAUCAGACAAUAAUGAUGAAUGUGAUUAUGAGUUUUCCCAUUCUCAACUGUCAGGACCGACAAAAAUCGUGUAUUUUUUCGCUAUUUUUGCCUCAUUCAGAUCAUUAGCAGUCUCAAAAGUCAGAAAGUAAUGCUGCAAAAAAGAAACAUUUCAUCCAGAAAAAAAACAGAAACGGCCCAUUGAGUGCUCCAAAAAGCGGUAAUUAAUCAACCUGGGAAAAAACAGCUACAACAUGGAACAAAAAACAAGCAAACUGACUCCGGCUAGGGCAUGAACAAAAACAAUCAAUAAUACAAUAAUAAUUCUUGAAUUGAAUUCCGGAAAACUUCAUUCUCACUCCAAUACGCGCGCCUUCUGCGAUCGCCACGAACGGUGGAAAACAAAAAAGCCGUCGGCAAAUUGAGCCCGCAAAAAAGUGUCGGUCGGUCAAAGACGGCGCAAAAAGUGUUCUCUUUUUCUCCUGCUUAAUGGCAAGUUGGUGUGAGUGUGACAUGAAAAUAGCAAAGUGCAACGAAUUAGUCAUUAAUCGGGGAUUCAACAGAAGUCACACACUGGUAAAACGCGUUUUAGUGAAUUAAAACCCCCCCAGGUUAGACUCGGCGUGUCCAAAGAAAAUCAAAGGCUGGAUUCUCUGAGUUUAGCAAUCUAUCAUUUAUUGAGUCUUUUAUUGAGAAAAGGAACUGUUCUUUUUUUGUAAAUUGUAAUGAAAUGUUUGUAUAAAUUAACACAAUAAUCGAACAAAUUUAAGUAAAUGCGAUGUACAUAAGGAAUUAUAUAGAUAACAAAAAAUAGUGUAUGUGAUAUUAAAAUGUAUUAAAUAUUAAAUGAUAAGAUGGUGAAACAAACGGAAUAGAGGUUUAUUUCAUUUAAUCGUUUGUCGUUCUUUUAUUGAACGUAUUUUUCGAGAGAAACGUUCCUUUUUUCCCUUUAGUCAAUCUUGUUUCUAACCGUAUUUCCCUUAGUUCUACAUCCUACUGUGGUAGUUUGGGACAUGUUGCUAUUUAUUUUCCUGCAAUUUGAAUCGUUGUAGAAAAGAGAACAUAUCAUGGGAACUCACAAAAGCCAUUUCACUAGUUCAAAAAAACAAAACGGAAAUAGUAGCGUUCGUUGUCUUCUUGACCCAAAAACCAACAAAAAUGCGACCAAUUGCCUUAGGCAGGCAGUGAAACAAAGCAAGCAAACUAAAAAACAUCAACAGCAGUGAAAGGAGCAAUUUGUAUAAUCUAGCAAUCCUUCAAGAUGUACACUGUACUGCAAAGACUCUUGAAGAAUCUGGGCCAAGUUAAAGACAGACGGGCCGAGUGAAACCUCUAACAACAACCAAUGUAUAGUUGUAUAAAAUUUACAUUAGUUAAUUAUUUAACCAUCCUAUUUAUUUUUAUUGAGAAAUUCACCUAAGAGUUAAGUGGUAUGUUAAAGUGCAGGAAAAUUACAACACUGUAAAUUGAGUGAAUUUGAUUAACAAAAUACAAAGUGAAACGCGUAUGUAAAUGGAAAUUUAACUUUAUAUACUAUUGAGAUAAUUAAUUAAAGUAAUUGUACUGUAAAUUAUCUUAUUGAAUCAGACGGCAAGAAAUAACAAGGAAAACCAUCGUAAUGUUACUAGUUGCAAUAAAGAAAAUGACGAAUGAAAAAAGUCAACAAGA